CACAUUUUUCUAUGUAAUAACAAAUAUGUCAGUCUUAGAUUUGCUUUUCUAUUAAAAAUUUAAUUUGAAGAUUAAGAGACGAUACAAUAAAGGACAUCGAAGAUCUUAAAGUGAUGAUUGUGUUACCAAAAGAAAAUAUAUUCAAAGGAACCCUCCCUCAACUUGUAGCCGUUUUAUCAGGAACAUUAAGUGCCAUCAGCAAUGGAAUGUAUUAUGCGUGGACGGCACCUUUACUACCGAUUCUUCAAGGACCCGAUUCUCCGGUGGAAAUUAACAACAGUCAAGCAGAAUGGCUAGAAAAUUCAUUUUUUCUCGGUGCCUUCUGCGGAGUUUGGGCAACCAUGUAUUUAGUUGACAAAAUUGGCCGAAAGAAAUCGAUGCUUCUAGCUUCAUUUGUAAUGUUCUCUGGUUGGGUAGUAACGGCUGUAGCUCCAAAAGUAGAAUACAUAAUUGCUGCUAGAGCAUUUGCUGGAGCAGCAGGAGAUAUAGCGUUUGUAGCUACGCCUAUGUACAUUGCUGAAAUAGCUGACCAUAAAAUAAGGGGGUUUUUAAGUAGUUCAGUAUAUAUUAUGAUGCUUAUCGGUAUUCUUUUAAUUUAUUCUGUGGCGCCUUUUGUUCCUUUUUAUGUUCACUGUAUUUUGGGAGCAUCAUUCGAUUUAACACAAAUGAUAAUUCUUCCGUUUAUGCCAGAAACUCCGUAUUAUUUGCUAUCUAAAAACAAACCAGACGAUGCUUUACAUUCUUUAAUAAGAUUAAGGGAGAAAGAGCAUGAUGUUAAAAAAGAAUUAGAAAAUAUUAAGUUAGCAGUGGAUCGCCAGAAAGCAGAACAAGGUAGAAUCUUGGACCUCUUUGUGGUUUCUAGUAACCGUCGAGCUAUUUUUGUAAUGGCCUUAUUGAACACAGCUCAACACUUUAGCGGUAUUAGCGUUUUUCUUAUGAACAUUCAUAUUAUCCUUGAAGCUGGAGAUUCUAUUUACCUCGAGCCACGAAUAGCUGCGAUUAUGUUUUCUGCGAUAAUGGUAAUAGCUGCGUCAGUAGCUUCCAUGACGAUUGACAAAUAUGGGCGAAAAACAUUACUAAUUUUUUCCAGUUUAUUAUCCGGAAUAUGUGUGCUUGUUUUAGCUAUGUUCUUCAGUUUUAAAAAUGGAGGAAUUGACACUACCAAUUACAGUUGGAUUCCCACUGUAUGUGUCAUGCUAUAUGCUUUAAGUUUUAAGUUAGGACUGGGUAUGGUACCUAUAGUUCUCACAGCAGAACUAUUUCCCGCAAAUAUGAAAGCUUUCGGUAUGGCAAUUGCAGAUGGAUUUUAUGUUGGAGCUUCAUUACUUUCUUUACAAGUGUAUCAAAGAUUAACUCAAUACUUUGGAUUGGAGUAUCCUUUCUACGUUUUUUCUUGUUUCUGUGUUAUCGCAGCUCUUUCUACUUUUAUAUUUAUACCUGAAACAAAAGGUAAAACAUUGGAGGAAAUACAAAUGAUUUUAAAAGGAAAUAAAGUGUAAGUCAAAAAAUGAGAUCACCAGAACUGAACUAGUACCUAUUACAAAAAUUUAUAGGAAGAGACCAAAAACUAAUUUGUUCCUAAUUUUUAAGUUAUUCCUAAAUAUCAAACAUUAUUAUAGGGACGUUAGUUUUAUCAAAAGCACUGUCUAUUCAAACUAAGAGAUUGUUUUUUCUUAAAAUAAUAAUAAAUGCAAUUUUACAAUUUUUUUUUACUAAAAUUAAUGUGCUCGGCUACUAAGGCCACUUGCACAAGAACGGUUACAAAAUUAUUACGAUGAAUAAUAUGUUACACAAUGCAAGAGGAUAUGGUACAAUGAAAAUUAUAUUUUAUAAUAAUAGAACUGAAUGUCUUUUAGAAAUUUUAUGGCGCAGUUUAUUUGAUCCACAUCACUUAGACCCGGUACUUUAUGUCUCGAUUAACAGCCGGUUAGUUAACCGGGGUUUAAUCGGGAGCUCUUUAGGGUCUCUUGCGUUGUAAUAAAAGCAAUUACAAGUAUCAUUAUAAUUAUAAAUAAGUAUAAUAAUAAUUAUAAUUGCAUUUAUUACAACGCAAGAUACCCUAAAGAGGUCCCGAUUAAACCUCGGUUAAUCAACCGGCUGUUAAUCGAGACAUAAAGUACCGGGCCUUAGUAUAUCUCGUAUAUUGUCUUUGAGGUGAAAAAUAGUCUUCUGGCAGAAUAUUGGAGGCAUUCGGUGAGAAUAUGAUUCACUGUCAGUUGUGAUUGACAGCUUUCACAAUAGGUCGGUUGCUGGAUGACAUCAAGUAACCAUGUGUUAAUUUUGUAUGCCCGAUACGGAGUCGUCUUGCCACGACAAGAUCUCGUUUAGACAAAAUUGUAGGUCCAAAAAUAGGAGGACUAUCGAUUAACGGUUGAAUUUGAUGUAAAGCUGAGCAGUUGGUGUCCCAGUGUUGUUGCCAUCGGGUUCUUGUUCUUCUUUUAAUGUGAGCGUUUAAAUCCUUGCUAAUUUGGAUGUUAUCGGUAGGAACAGAUGAUGUUGAGGCAAUCUUGGCAUGGUGGUCUGCAAGCUCAUUACCUUUUAUUCCAAUGUGAAAUGGUAGCCAAAUCAGAGUAACUGUUAUAUUCUGGGAAAGGAUACUUUGGUAAUGGCCAUGGAUCUUUUGGACAAUAGGAUGAUCAUUGAAUAUGUUUUGGAUAGACUGGAUUGAGGCUAGAGAGUCUGUGCAUAUAGCAACUUGUUUAUUUGAUGGUGAAAUGUUUUUGAUAGCUUGAAGUAUGCUGAAUAAUUCGCCAGUAUGAACGCUACAAAUGGAUCAUUUUUUGAAGCGUUAGUAUACAGAACUAAGUCGUAUUUCUUUGUAAAAAUCAUUUCUUUAAAACUGUUCAUAAUGAGUUCCCUCGGAGUUGUAAAUUUAUCAUAUCUUGAGAGUGAUGUGUUAAUAUAAGGAAUGACUAUAGACCAAGGAGGAUAAGGGGUUGGGAGAAGUGGAAUUAUUUGUGAUAGAGAAAUGUCAUCAAGUAACUGCGAUAAAAUUAGUGGGACGAAUUUUAACGAAGGUAAUUUAGAGUGAUCAUGCACUUUAUUCGCGGAUAAUACAAAAAGAGGAUAUACUGGGUUAGAGGGAUUAGAAGAAACAGAUACUGUGUAGGAGAGCAGCAGCUGCUCCAGUCUAAUCCAAAGAGGGGUUUCAUUUGCUUCACAAUAUAGGUUAUCUACGGGACUAGCUCGAAAAGCUCUGAUUGCAAUUGAUUAUCACUGAUACAAAUAUUGUUUGAGAUAAGACUAGAGAUUUUAGUGUUCGUAUUAAUUCCUUGGAUUUGGCGUAUUUUUUUCCAGAGGUCGGUAGGAUGGAUAUUUUCAUUAAUAGAAGAUACAUAGUUUCUCCAGGAAGAUUUUUUACUUUGUUUUAUAAUGAACCGUGAUUUGGCUCUAGCUUUUUUUAAUGCUGUGAGAUUUUAGGGGUUUUUAUUUUUUCUGUUAGGUAUUUCAUUCAUAGGAGAUUCUGACCAACAAAAAGCUGCAGAAAUAUAAAUUAAAGUGAUAAUUUUUGAUAAUAUCCCAUCGUCAAGUAUAUUACGUCAGAUGCCCUUCGUUGCUACGAAAAAAUACAUUCAGUGACAUUAAUGACAAUUAAUGUUUUAAAAAUUAUAAAUGUGAUGACUUUCAACCGUCAAAUAUUUAUAAUAACUGUGUAUUUAAUUGUACUAAUUUGUAAUUACAUAAAUAAAUUACAAUACAAUUUUG